AUGUUGACACGAGCAGCAAGGAAUGCAUAUUCUUGGUGGUGGGCUAGCCACAUUAGGACCAAGCAAUCAAAAUGGCUAGAACAUAACCUCCAAGAUAUGGAGGAAAAGGCAGAAUACAUACUGAAGAUCAUCACUGAAGAUGGAGACUCAUUUAGGACUAGGGCAGAACAAUACUACAGAAAAAGGCCUGAAAUUGUAAAUUUUGUUGAGGAUACAUUUCGGGAAUACCGAGCUUUAGCCGAAAGAUACGAUCAUUUGUCGAAGGAUCUACAAAGCGCUAAUCGAACGAUCGCCAUGUUUUUUCCCGAAAGGGUGCAAAUGUCGAUUGAUGAUGAAGAUUAUGAAGAAUUCACUUCAAGUUUCGAAGAAAAUGAUCAAAAUAAGAACCCUUCAAGUUCGCCCGUGCCAUUGCCAUUGCCAUUGCCAGAAGCCCCGGCCGCUCCGAAGAUCGAAAACAUAGUUCAAGCCAUGAUCAAGAAAAACUCCAAAAUGCCCACGAAGAUGAUGUCGAAAAGAGGACUAAUCAAGAUGGGUGUGGACGAAAACGCUUCUGGAGUUUCGAUAAGUUCUGGAUUGAGCAAAGAUGAAGCACUUGAUGAGAUCGAUAAGCUUCAGAAAGAUAUCUUAGGACUUCAAACCGAAAAAGAAUUUGUGAAAAGUUCAUAUGAAAACGCGCUUUCUAAGUAUUGGGAAAUCGAGAAUAAUAUCACUGAAAUACAUGCUAGAAUUUGCAGUUUGCAAGAUGAGUUCGGAGUUGGUGCAGUGAUCGAAGAAACCGAUGCUCAGACACUAAUGUCAUCUUCGGCAUUGAAGACAUGCGAAGAAACGCUAGAAAAGCUGAAAAACAAACAACAACGGUUUAAAAAAGAGGCGACUGUGGAACACAAAAGGGUGGAUGAUAUUAGGAAAAAGUUCGAAGCUUUGAUAGCGAGUAAUAAAGACAGUAAUCCGGACUCAAAGAACUUGGAGCAAACUAAAGAGCAUGUUAAAGAUAAAAAAGCGAAGAUUGAAGAGAAACAACAAACGAUUGACGGAAAUAUGGAGAAUUCAGAUCAAGAAGUCAUCUUGGACAGUGAAACUGUGUAUAAAUCUGAACCAAAAGAAGGUGAAUUAAGUAUUGAAGAUAAAAAAGCAAGGAUCAAAGAAGAGAUUCUUGGGAAAAAUGGACCUAUUACCAUUUCUGAAGUUGCUGAGAAGAUUGAACAGUUGGUUGAUAAAGUGUUUGAUUUAGAAACCGAAGUGACAUCUCAAGCAGCAUUGGUGAUGAGAUUAAGAUUGGAAAACGAUGAGCUUCAUGAACGGGUUCAAAAAUUGGAAGAAGAGAAGCAGAUUCUUGAAGAUGAUUCAAACAAUAUGAAGAUUAAGAUCAAAAGAUUGGAGGAAGAAUUGAAAAGGCUUCAAAAUCUUGAUCAGAAAGUUAAAGGACAAAAUGUGAGAUUGGAAACCAGUUUUGAUGAAGCAAGUGUUGAUCUUGAUUAUUUGUCUAAAGAGCUUUUAACUGCAAAACCAGAUGAAAAGACUCCAGAUGAUCAUCUGAUCAUUUAUCCAAAAGUAGAAGAAGAUGAAAAUGGGUCUGGAUUUGAAAAGGAUCAUGAUCAUGAUCAUGAUCUCGAUGAGAAAGAUAAGAAAUGGAGAGAAGUUAAUGAUGAAGAUGCUCACUGGAUCAAGGGUUGUAAAGAAAACCCUAAUGAGAAUGAGAAAGAUGAAGAUGGUGAGCAGGAUAAGACCAUGGAAGGGAGAAAAGAUCGAGAAUGGACGAAAAUGGUUUUCAAAAAAGAACAAGAUGAUGAUGAUGAUAUUAAUGGUAAAGAAGAUGAUCAACCAAAUUGGAACCUAAUAUUCUCAUAUGGAGUAGAAGAUAGAGAGAAAAUGCUACUUGAAGAGUACACAACAACAUUGAGGAACCUCAAACAAGUUAAAAAGAAGUUGAAUGAAAUCGAAAAGAGAAAUCGCGCAAACACUUUCAGAUCUGCAGUUCAAAUGAAAGUAUUGAGAACUGCAAAUCAUUCAAAAGAUGCACAGAUUAAAGCUUUAUUUGAGAAGCUAAAACUGUUUGAAAGAAACAUGAACCAAACCAAUCAACAAAAGAAAUAUCCAGAUUCAGUUGAUGAAGGAAUAGAAACAAGAAUUGGACAUGAAAGAAACAAAGGUCCCAAUUCAGUUGAUGAUCAAGGAAUAGAAGAAAGAAGAAAAGGCCUUGAUGAAAUUGAACUAAAGAAAGCUUCGGAUUCGGUUGAUGAAGGAAUCGGAAGAAGAAAAGGACUUGAUGAAUCUGUAGAGUACUUCGAACUAAAGGAACCUCCGGAUCAAGAUUUGGUUGAUGAAGGAAACGAAUCAAGAAAAGGAAUCGACGAAUCCGUAGAGUUCUUUGAACCUUCAUAUGAUGAUUCCAUUGAUGAAGGAACCGAAACAAGAAAAGGAAUCGAAGAAUCCGUAGAGUUCUUUGAAGCUGAUCCAGAUGAUUCAGUUGUUGAAGGAACAAAUAGAAGAAAAGAACUUGAUGGAAUUGUAGAUUCAGUUGAUGAAGAGGAACAAAGAUCAAGAAAAGAACCUGAAGAAAUCACAAGCUCUAAAGAUCAAGAUUCAGUUCAUGAAAUAACACAAAAAAGCAAAGAACUUGAUCAAGAAACCACCAAAAACUUAGAACUAAAGAAGGAUCAUCAAGAUUCUGUUCAAGAAGGAUCACAAAGAUCAAGUAAAGAUCAAGUAGACGAUGAUGCCGAUGAACCCCAUGAAGUUUCCGAUAUCGAAGACGAGAUACGCAAAGAAAUCGAGGAAUUACGGAAAGAAAACUUAGAAUUAUGGUUAAGAUUUAGUACAACAUAUCAUCAAAUCAACAGGUUUCAAGAUUCAUACCAUGAUCUACUCCAAGAUAUUAAAGAAGCGAGAGUAAAGAAACCUGAUGGAAGUGGAAAGCAACGACACCAUCAUCAACACCAUUCAAGAUCAACUUUUACCUCCGAUAUCCGACCAUUAUAUCGACAUCUACUCGAGAUGCAAACAGAACUAACUCUAUGGUUGGAAAGCAGUGAAAUCUUAGAAGAUGAUUUGCAGCACAGAUUAGCAUCACUUUCUGAUAUCCAAGAUGAACUGUUGAACUUGAAGAAAGAAGGUUCAAAAGCUGAAAAGAUGCAUGAUUAUGAAACAGCAAAGUUUCAAGGAGAAGUUUCAAACAUGAAGCAAGAAAAUGUUAAGAUUUUAGAAGAGUUACAAGCAGCAGCUGAAAGGGUUAAAAAGCUACUGGUUGAUAUGGAGAAGACGUUGGCGAUGCUGGAUGAGGAAUUGGGUGAAAAUAAGAAGAAAACAUCGCGUUCAAGUUCAAGGAUUCCAUUGAAGUCUUUCCUUUUUGGGGUUAAGUUAAGGAAGCGUAAGUCUUCCUUAUUGAACUGUAUGAGUCCAUCGUUGAAAAGACGAUACAGUAAGCUUCAAGAACAGGCACCGGCACAGGCACCGGCAACAGAACCGGCGACGGCGACGGCGACGGCGACGGCACCGCUAGAUAGAUAG